AUCAUCUCUGCCCGCUCGUGUUCACCCCUCUCUGUUAGGUUUCCCCCCAUCCCACCCAAGGGCGCCGCCGGCUGUCUCCACCCACCCCUCGCCGCCAGCUGUCUGCUCCGACUCCCCCCGCCCCUGGACGCUGGACAUCCAGUCCUCCACGUCCCUGGCCACCAGACCCUGCCUCGCCCGACCCCGACUCUGCCCCGCCCUCGCCGCCAGACGCCGCCGGUGCAUCCUCAAGCUGCUAAGUUUCGGUUUGCUGCAAUGGCAGAGGAGGAGAAAAUGACAGAGGAGUUUGAUGUUGGUUGUGUCACAAAUGAGCAUGCAAGGGUUCCAACUCCCACAUAUCAAGGUGGCCCGGCUCAAGUCGAUUCGGAAGGUGAUUCUGGCUCUGAAUGUGAGCACGUCCAAGUUACACAUCUCCCGAAUCGUGUAAAGAGCAGGAAGAAGAGGGCAUGUCCUUAUUCGCGUAUGGUGGCAAGUGAGAUUGCUAAAAACAAGGCACUUGUGCGCAUGGUGGAAAUUUUUGAGGCAAGGGAAAAGAGAGUGACAAAUCAAUGUGCAAAAGAGAUUGUGGAUCCAACAAGACAGGAGAUUCACGACAUGAUGGCCAUGGUGAUUGCAGACGGAGCCAAACCUGGGAGUGAUGAGCAUUUCUAUGCUUCACAUCUUUUGUUGGAAAAGAAGAAUCGUGAUGUUUUUACCUCGUUUAAGGGUCACAAACCUAGUGAGAGGCUUGCAUGGAUAAGGAGGAUGUGGGAGCUCAACAGCACAACAUAGCCCAUGAACUCCAGUGGCGAGGAUGAGCAACAGCAGUGGUGCCGCAGUGAUGUAGUCGUGGAGAGGCAGCAACUCAUCCAGGAGCUUCGCCGGUGGCAGCAGGAAGCCGCCGACACAGCCUUGCGGCGGCCAGAGGUGGAAACGGCCUUCUGAUCCCCUUAGCUCCCCUUUUUUAGGAUCGAUAGUUGAGGUCAUGGUAAAACUUACCUGUACGUGAUGGAUCACACAUACAGGAGAGGAAGUACCUCUCUUUUAUACGUGGGGCUAGGGAACAGGGACCGAAACCAAUAGGUUGUUUGCACCCUGGAUCACAGUGUGUGCGUGAGAGCGGUAUGGUGGGCCACACCCCAACUUUUCUCUCGAUUGUUAGACGAGAUCAAUUCCAACAAUGAGUACCCAUGAAGUGAAAGGUUCUCACGUCAGUUCC